CCGUCGGUUAGGCUUUCCUCGAGUCCCCGCUCUUCCCCACUUCCCUCACCCUCCCCUCCCGUCAUCCCCCAACCCCACCCGAGCCCGGCCCUCGGCUGCCCCGACCAUGGCGUGCGGAGCCACUCUGAAAAGGACUCUGGAUUUCGAUCCGCUGCUGAGCCCGGCGUCCCCGAAACGGAGGCGAUGUGCGCCAUUGUCGGCGCCCACCUCGGCUGCUGCCUCUCCGUCGUCGGCGGCCGCCGCCACCGCCGCCUCCUUCUCGGCUGCCGCCGCCUCGCCGCAGAAGUAUCUCCGAAUGGAGCCAUCCCCUUUUGGCGACGUCUCCUCCCGCCUCACCACAGAACAAAUUCUGUACAACAUAAAACAGGAGUAUAAACGCAUGCAGAAGAGAAGACAUUUAGAAACUAGUUUCCAACAGACAGAUCCAUGUUGUACUUCUGAGGCACAACCACACGCAUUUCUCCUCAGUGGACCAGCUUCACCAGGGACUUCAUCUGCAGCAUCCUCCCCAUUAAAAAAAGAACAGCCCUUAUUCACUCUACGGCAGGUUGGGAUGAUCUGUGAACGUUUGUUGAAAGAACGUGAAGAGAAAGUUCGAGAAGAGUAUGAAGAAAUAUUGAACACAAAACUUGCAGAACAAUAUGAUGCAUUUGUGAAGUUUACGCAUGAUCAGAUAAUGCGACGAUAUGGAGAACAGCCUGCUAGUUAUGUUUCAUGAAUCACGUUUUCUGCAUUUGUGGGCUGCCUUGUUCCUUGUUGAGUUGUUGCAAGAGGUCCUAAUUAUGACAUGCAGCAAUGCCAAUACCCCCCUGUGAAUACAGGUUAUUUCAAGCUUUCGUCAGUGGCAACCACUCUUAGGCAGCAACUGGUUUUGGAAAUUUCCCUGAUGUCAGUACCAUCUGGAUGUGGACCUUUGCUACCUGUAUUAAUGCCAGUGGCCUCAUUUGCUGUAUCAUUACAAUUUGGCUUCUUAUAUUAAUAUGUUUGAAAAGGAUUAAAGCUGGUAUUCUAAGAACAUGCCCUUCACUGGUUGUGUAAAUAAAACUGUAGAAUGACACUUCAGAUGAAGUUAGUGUGAUUUUAAUUGUGCACUACAACCAAGCUGUAACCAGUUAUUAAUAAUUUAGAAUGUAAUCCCAGAACAUUAUUAAGCCAAUAGCCUACAGUACUUGCUGUGAAAUAGUGAAGGAGGGAGGGCGUUUCUGUAUUCCAGGACUUCUUGGGGUUUCAGAAAGGGUUUCUAGGAUUUUUUUUUCUUUUCUUAUUUUGGGGUAGUUUUUAUUUAUUCUAUCAGUCUUUUUAAACAAAUGUUUAUUGCUGCAUUUUUUUUUCCCCCAGUGUGUCAUUGUUUUACUGCCCUUGUAGUACUGGAAUAUAGUUGGAAGAAUAAAACAUUUACGUCUAAUCUGCUUUAAUGUAUAGAUGGGUAGUAUUUGAAUAAAGCCAGUGUUUUAAAUGUAA